AAAAAAUAUAAAUAUUUAUAUCAGAUUAAAAAUAGUAUUUCAGGGAGAAAGUAUUUCUUGAUUACUGAAAUAUUAUAGUUUUUGUGUGUUGAAAAGUUUCUGAAUUGCUGAAACAACGAACACUGUUCAGUCUCUUAAAGAGUUUUAUACAGUUUGAAACUAGAUAGCCCAGCACAAGCUAUCAACAAGUACAGUACCAAACCUACAUAACCUGAAGACUUCAAGAUUUGACUUGGUGGCAAUAUAGUGCUAAAGAAGUUUUCAGUACCAGUACUCAAUAUCUUGGAGACCUCCACUAAGCGAUUGACGAUUUAUACUGACUUCUCUUCAUAGCAAGUGUACCGAACGUUUCACGAUGACGUCAGUUCCUGUGACACCCUGCAUCAGGCAGUUAUUAGACGCCGAGAAAAUAGCGGCAGAAAAAGUCGCCGAAGCAAAGAAACGUCGCGAGCGUAAACUGAAACUGGCCAAAACUGAAGCUUUGGCUGAAAUAGAGCAGUAUCGGCAGGAGAGAGAAAGGGAGUUUCAGAAUUUUGAGAAUAAACAUGCGGCUCUUCGCGCCAAAAUCACGGCGAGAAUCGACAUGGAAACCAGGAAGAAACUGGACAUUAUGAGGUCCACAGUUACUCGCAAUAGGAAAAGCAUGAUUGAGAAGAUAUUGGAACUUGUUUUUAAAAUUCCUGAGUAUUAAAAUGUUUGCUACAAUGAAAAAUUGAUGCUUUUAUUAAUUUUCUUUACAUAAUAAUAAUUCAUUUAUUUGAUUCAUAUAGGUACAUGAAUAUAAAGCUGG